GAUAAAUAAUAACAAAAUGAAUAAAACCGAGUACCCUUUCACUAUAACACUCCAAAGGCAACUCUUCCGAGUCCUCACCCCCUUAUCUCUCCUAUACCCAUUGAUUUUGCACUCUCCUUUUUCUUUUUGAUAAACAUAAACAUGGCAUCAACUAUGUUAAUCAACAAGUUUGCUCACUUACAAAUCCCACUUGAAGACGUAAUAGAGGCUACCAAUCACUUUCAUGAUGAUAACAUCAUCGGGCGCGGUGGGUUUGGACUAGUAUACAAAGGAGAGCUCAAGCGAUCCGGGAACUUGAUCAAGAUUGCUGCGUUGAGGUUAGAUCGUAAGCAAGGGGAAGGAGACGUCGAGUUUUGGACACAAAUUUCAAUGCUUUCUGAUCUCAAGCAUACGAAUAUAGUCUCUAUUAUUGGUUUUUGUAACGAGAAAGAUGAGAAGAUCAUCAUAACCACGUAUGCGGCAAAAGGAAGUCUAAAGGAGCAUCUAAACAGCCCGAACCUCACAUGGAUGCAAAGGUUGAAGAUAUGUGUAGGCGUGGCGCGUGCAUUGAGUUACCUCCAUCAUGAUGAGGAGCGUGGUUAUGCUAUUAUACAUCGCAACAUCAAUAGCUCUACAAUUUUAUUGGAUGAGAACCAUGAAGCCAAGUUAUCCGGUUUUAAAGUUUACCUAAAACAACCGGUUAACCGAAUGGACCGGGUCAUCCUUUCUGAACCCGUUGGCACAAUAGGGUAUAUGGACCCAGAAAUUGAAAAGAGCAAAGGUGUGACCCAUAAGUCAGAUAUUUACUCAUUCGGUGUGGUUUUAUUUGAAGUAUUAUGCGGGAGGAAAGCAUUUACUCCAAAUAAUGAAAAUAGGUUAUUAGCUCCAUUGGCCAUACAUCAUUAUGAUAAAAAAACGCUGAAGGAUAUAAUCUAUCCCAAUUUACGGAAUCAGGUGUCCUCGCGAUCACUCGAAAAAUACUCAUAUCUAGCAUAUUUUUGCUUAAAGGAGCAACGAGCACAACGUCCGGACACGUACAAUAUUGUCAAGGAACUUGAGGAAGCAUUGGAAUUUCAGCUAGAACGUGAAAAAGUUGUAAAUAAGUUGGAACACUUAAUGAUUCCUCUCACUCAUAUUCAAUCGGCAACUAAUGACUUUUCAGAGACAUACAAAAUUGAUUCUGGGAUUCCAUGUAGUUUGUACAGAGCAAAAGUCGACAAUUCUGACAAAAAAAAUCAUUCUUCCAAAAGACACGACACUGUACUUAUUAAACGCUACCCUUCUGGACAUCACCUGUACUACGGAGAAAAACAGUUUCUUAAAGAAAUUGAAGUUCUUAGCAGUGUUAAGCAUCCCAACAUAGUCAGUCUACUUGGAUUUUGUGUUGAAGCUUCUGAAAUGAUCCUUGUCAAUGAAAAUUUUUCUAAUGGAUUCUUGGGAGAAUAUUUGGGUAACUUCAGGGACAAGAGUAUUUUGACUUGGGAAAAACGUUUAAAAAUCUGCAUUGACGUAGCACACGCAUUAAGGUACAUUCACUAUGAGAUGGAUUUAGUAAACCGUGAAGUACAUAGCUUCAACAUUGGGUUAGAUGAUAACUGGGGGGCAAAGAUUGCUCACUUUUGGUGGUCCGUAUUCUUGCCUCCAAAUCAACAAGACAGAGCUUUCUAUCACAACAACAAUUUUAUUAGAGAUUGCUGUGUAGAACCAGAAUAUGAGAAGACUCGUAACUUAAACAGAGAAUCAGAUGUUUUCGGUUUUGGAGUAGUCUUGUUGGAAACUCUAUGUGGGAGGUUAGUCUCUGACCAAAUUUACUUGAAGGAGAGUGACAAAGGGCUGCCCAAUAUAGCAAGGCAAAGAUUUCACAUGGGAACACUAGAGGACAUGAUAGACCCUGUGAUAAAGGAAGAAACCGGUGAAAACCAUUUUGUUUUAAAUAAAGGACCCAACAAGGAAUCUUUGCACACGUUUAUUAAAAUUGCACUCAAGUGUGUGGCGGAAACUCAAGACAAACGCCCAACAAUGAAAGUUGUAGUCAAGGAACUUGAGAAAGCAUUAUUCUUUCAAAAAAACAACAAGGACAACCCCAAAAUGUCAUUUGAAGACAUAAAACGAGCGACACAAAACUUCCAUAAUGACAAUUGCAUCGGGGGAGGAGGAUUUGGGAAAGUCUACAAAGGAAACCUUGAAGACGGUGAUGGAUUUAAAAUCAUUGUUGCAAAGCGAUUAGAUACGAGGUUUGGUCAAGGGGAACAACAAUUCUUGGGUGAGCUUCAAAUUCUUUUGGAUUAUAAGCACGAGAAUGUCAUUGGUCUAGUAGGCUAUUGUGAUGAGAAAGAUGAAAAAGUAAUUGUUUAUGAGUAUGCACCCAAAGGAAGUCUUGAAAGGUAUUUGAAUGAUGCUUCUCUUACAUGGGUGAAACGACUUAAUAUAUGCAUUGAUGUUGCAAGAGCGUUGGAUUUCCUACACGGAGGAGUUGGAAAACAAGCAAAGGUGAUACAUAGGGACAUCAAAACUGCUAAUAUUCUACUAAGCGAUGAUUGGAAAGCAAAACUUGCUGAUUUUGGGCUUUCCUUAAUAAGUCCAUUAAUUCAAGAAACAGACUAUGUCAUCGAUCAUGCGUGUGGCACGCUUGGAUAUUUGGACCCACUUUACAAAAAAUCAGGAUUCCUAACCAUAGAGUCCGAUAUUUAUUCGUUUGGUGUUGUUUUAUUUGAGAUUUUGUGUGGGAGGUCGACAUUUGAAAUCCAUAAAAAUGAGGGCCACUAUCUACCAGAGUUCAUUAAAAACAUAUUUGAAGCAGGGAAGCAUGAUGAGGUUGUGUUCAAACAUAUAAGGGAAGAGAUUGUGCCAAAAUCAUUGACUACAUUUCAAGAAAUUGCCUGCCAGUGCUUACAUCAUGAAAGAGAAAAACGACCUACCACUAAAGAAAUUUUGAGGGAACUUAAGAAGGCACUGGAAUUUCAAGAAGGAUGUAGCGGAAUGGCUAAAACAGUUGAGCAGAUCUCGAUGAAAUAUUCUGAAACUGGAAAGCAAAUUCAAGAAACAGAGUCAUCCAUGCAACACACAGAGCAGGAUUAUGUUUCUCCCACCGACCGUAAAGCCACAGUUAUCCCUCUAAGAAGCAAGCAGAGGGUUCUAGAGCACUUGAAACAGGAGGUGAUACUUGGAGAGCAUCAAGUGAGAAUGCUCAAGGAGGAAUUGCAUAAGGUGGAGAUGGCAAACAAGUCACGUUUGGCCCUCAUUCAAGCAUUGGAAGAAGAAGAAGAAGAAGAAGAAGAAGAAGAAGAAGAAGAAGAAGAAGAAGAAGAAGAAGAAUUGUUUUUUCUUAUAACAAUUUCAAAUAUUUUUUUAUUUAUUAUUUGGUAUAUAUGCAGCUUUCUUUGACUGCUUCUAUACUUAAUUUGUUUUAUUUUGCACGUUUGCUCCCUAGUUAUCAUAACUUUGUGACUAGAGUUGAAAAUAAACACAUAAUGAUAGAUAUACAGAUUUUUUUUUUCAA